CAUGCUAUUUUUCAUAGAAACGGCGAAAAAAAGAAUAAUUAUGUCUUUCAUAAAUGUAUCACCCCCUACUCAGGAACUGCACUGUAGGCCUACUGAUGUUGCUCAAUGUUUUACUCGUCAUCAUCGCUCCUGCCUUUAGCUUAGCUGCCAGAUGUGUCAAUCAUUACAUCGCUGGGGAGAUAGGUCUGCAAUGCGAGACUAGUCAGUCAUUAACAUGGAUUGAACGGACUCCGACUGUUAUCUUUCACAUGGCAGGGCGGUGGAAAAGUAACUUAUCGGACGGUUACAUGAGUGGAAUAAGCUCCGGUCCCCAGUUUCAUCACAACAGAGAAAGAGGGAAAGCUAGCAGUGACCAUGGAGGCUGGAUUUCACUCUCUCUUCCCCACAGCUGGCCAGCUGCCUUGGUUGCUUCUGACUCUGUUGACAUCAUGGACAGUCUUGUGUUCACCAGAUAUAAAGCAGACAAGAUGGCCAUUAUAUUCCCAGAAGCCAGUUCUUCUUGCCUGGAAUGCCCCAACACAGGAGUGUGCCCCGCGACAUCGCGUAACUUUAUCUUUGGACCAGUUUGACAUUGUGGCAUCUCCCAAUGAGGGCUUUGUCCGGCAGAACCUCACAAUUUUCUAUAAGGAGCGCCUUGGGUUGUAUCCCUAUUAUGAGCGUGGUGGGACAGCAGUGAAUGGAGGUCUUCCACAGCUUGCCAGCCUUACUCAGCACUAUGAAAAGAUGCCUGAAGGUUUGCAAAAAUAUAUACGUGAGCCAGAGGCAAAAGGUUUGGCUGUAAUUGACUGGGAGGAGUGGAGACCCUUGUGGAUCCGAAAUUGGGAUAUUAAAGAUAUAUAUCGAAAUAAAUCUCGUGAAAUGGUGGCCAAAAAGAACCCUAAGUGGACCCCAGAACACGUGGGAAAAGUUGCACAGCAGGAAUUUGAGCUAUCAGCUAGCAAAUUUAUGCUGGAGACUCUAAAACUUGCCAAGAAUUUGAGGCCAAAUCAACUGUGGGGCUUCUACCUGUUUCCAGAUUGUUACAACCAUGACUACAGGAGUGGUCUGAAGAACUACACAGGCCGCUGUCCUGUUGUGGAGAUGGCCCGCAAUGAUCAACUGAACUGGUUAUGGAUGGAAUGUACAGCGUUCUACCCAUCUAUAUACAUAGGUUCUGUACUAGGCUCUACAAAUGAUGGACGCCUCUUUGUCCGAAACAGGCUAAAGGAGGCAAUGCGCCUGGCAUCUGUUGGGGAUGGACUAGCACGGCCUGUUUUUGUUUAUACCCGCCCUACAUACAUCAAUCAGAUGACCCUCCUAACUCAGACAGAUCUGGUCUCCACCAUUGGGGAGAGUGUUGCACUCGGAGCAGCGGGUGUAAUUUUCUGGGGGGACACCUCCUAUGCAAGCAGCAGUGCCAGCUGCUCCACCCUGAAUGAGUAUCUUCAGGGACAACUGGGCCGGUACCUCCUCAAUGUGUCUACAGCAGCAGAAAAGUGCAGUCAGAUGGUGUGUAAAUCACACGGCCGCUGUCUACGCAAAAUACCAGACAAUGAAGUGUACCUGCAUCUCAGUCCUUUAACGCACAGCAUCACCAGUCAGGGGGGCCGGCUGAAGGUUACAGGCGUGCCUGGCCAAGCAGAGCUGGCUCAUUUCCACACACACUUCCAGUGCCAAUGCUACAGUGGGUACAGGGGCGAGGCCUGUGCUCAGAAAGAAAAAGGGCAGAAUAGAGCCUCCUCUGUCUUAGGGACCUGGCCUUUUUGCCUUUUACUCCCACUAGGACUCCUCACUCUGCUACACUGAGGAAACUGAGAAGCCUCAAACUAUUCACUGCCAGCCCUGAAAAGGACAGUUCAGACUUUUCAACAAAAAGGUGGUCAUUUACUGCUCACUAGUGAUGCUGAUGCGCUGACAACAGCAGACAGUCACUUUGGUCAUCAGAGAUCUCCCAGUAUGCUGGGAGCUUU